UGACGGAAGAGCGGAAUCGGCUCGAUCGGGACGUCCAGCGUGAUACCGAAAUCUAUAUGCGGAAUGAGAUGCCCUUGCAGGAACUCCUCCUCCGGCUAGCCAACAAUCUGAUGCAGUGCACGGAUCCGGACCGGCCAGAAGUCUUAAAGAAGAUGAUUCUUGCGUUCACCAAAACCCGUCAGAACGAUCUCUGUGAUUUGAUCUUGAAGACCAUCCUUCCACACAAGUUCCCGCUCAGCGCAUCUCUUAUCCUCACGAUCCUUACCUUCUUCCGCAAAUCCAAGAACCUCAUGGGUUUUGACAUCUUCCUGGAGAUGUUGAACGGGCAUGGCUAUCCGGUAGACAUGAAUGGCUUGGGUCUGUAUCAGCGCCAAGUGGUCAAUGGAGUUGAGAUCAUCGUCCCACCAGUGGAUUCGGCGAACCCCGUCAUCUACGCCACCCUUAUUGUGUCUUGUCUGCGCUUCGAUCAGCCGGAUCGCGCCGAUGCAUACCUCCUAGCUGCGAGAUCCGCAGGGCAUAUGGACGACUUUGCAAUCCUUAACUCUUACCUGCGGUUCUGUGCUAUCCGCACCGACUGGGAAAAGGGAGUGCAGACCCUGAAAAGAACACUGGCGUUCAUGGUCUCGUCAACAGAACACCAGCUCUUCCGCCUUGAACGACUCAUCGUGCUAAUGGUACACAUGUGCGAUGCCUGCGAGCAAUACGACAUGUCCGAAGCCAUCAUCACAUCGGCCAUGAACAGCGGUUUUAACUGGGAAGCAGCCAGCAAGCAACUGGACAUCAAAUCCUCCCACGACCCCCACCACAAGAGAUGGUCAUUGGCAGCGGAGGCCGCACCAAAGGACAUGCAAGAUAAGCUCGCAUGGGAGAAAGCCUACGCCUUCGUGAACGUCAUGAACGAGCGUCUGAGCGCCUACGAGGGCAAAUCACCCUCCAAAAAGUGGCAGGACAUGAUAGAGCUCUACUCCCAGCAGGUCCUAACCGCCAUGCUCGCCGGAUCCCCAGCGUCAGCCAACGCCCUUAAAGUCCCCGAGCAAGUCUUCGAAGACAAGGACCGCCAGAGCCUGCUCCAAGAAAUCAGCAGACAGGUCGAAAAAGCCAAAAAGGAGAACGAGUCCACAGCCGCAGCCCAAGAACAGGAGAUAACCUCCCUGAAAGCCGAAAUCUCACAACUCAAGCAAAUGGUCUUCGACCUCCACCAGACCCGCAAGCAGGAGUCUACUAUACCGUCGCCCCCUCCUUCUCCCCCUCGCUCUACCCACCACCAAGACCACCUCCUACGUCGAAAACACGAACACAUUGCUCCUGCACCGGAACUCGAAUCUUCUUUCAACAAAGUCAGUAUUCGAUACAUGAAGUCGUAGACUCAGUUACCUCAGCCCCUUGAGGCACUCUACAGUACUCUCUGGGCAACGAACAACCGCGUUCCUCAGAGCAUGCACCCUCUUAUUCCCCCUUUCUUUUCCCUCUCCCCCAACUCAAAACUCAGAUGGAACAUACUCCCUCCGUACACCCAUCACAUCCUAUCCUAUACCUACCUUAUACCACUCAUGUACGGUGAAAGUGUCGAUGAUAAGCUCGCCAACCUCUGGCCGGCAUUGGGAUUGCUUUGGACGUUUUUAUAUCUCUAGGUGGUUUAUAUAUGCUACCCGGGAC